AUGCUUGCUACGGCUGACGCAAAGAUCCCAGAGGCGAGAGUGGAAGAUACGGGAAAUAUGCAAGUCAAAGUAUGGGAUGAAGAGAAGAUGCCACCGAAAUGGGAACUAAGUGAACUAGUCACCGUUUACAAGAGGAAAGGGGAUCCACUGGACUGCGGGAACAUCAGGGGCAUCAAGCUCCUAAAACAUGUUAUGAAGAUACUGGAGAAGGUAAUAGAGGGAAUGUUACGUGGACUGGUAUCGGUAAACGGUAUGCAGUUUGUCUUUAGCCCAGGUAGGGGAACGAUGGACGCUGCCUUUAUUAUAAUGCAACAGCAGGAAAAACAUCCUGAAGUGAACAUGGAUUUAUAUUACACUUUCGUGGACCUGGAGAAGGCGCACGACCAGGUCCCUAGAGACCUGGUGUACUGGUGCCUCAGACAGCAAAAAAUCCUAGAAACACUGAUAAGGGGUAAAACUGAGGAAGUGUUGGCAGAAGCCAAUGAAUGUUGGUUUACGGUAAAUACUGGUAUCAAAUAUAUAGUUGUUAUUAGUGACCAUGGUAUCUAA